AUGGUAGCAACUCCACAAACACCAGUCCACUCUCUUCUCAUGCCUUCUAGUCAGUUAUUUCGAUCACUUGGCAAACAGCACCAUGCAUACAAAAUUCUCAGCAAAACAAAAAUGUGUUUAAAAGCAGAAUUUUCGGUUUCACAAGGAGAUGUCAGCGGUGAUGUAGCAUUGUCCUAUGCAACUUACCCUGACCAGGAGCAUAAUGUCGACCCAAAGAAGAAGCCACUCAUAUUUCUGCAUGGUCUGUUUGGAGCAAAGGGAAACCUCCACAGUGUGUCCAAGUACCUGGCUGACGAUGGCAGAAAGGUGAUCACAUACGAUGCUCGCAACCAUGGAGACAGCCAGCAUUCGGCAGAAAUGAACUUUCGCUGUAUGACUGAUGACUUGAUCGGGCUGAUGCAAGACCUCAAACUGACCGAUCCGGUUGUGAUGGGUCACAGCAUGGGAGGGAAAACAGCCAUGACACUAGCUUUAGAAAAGCCAGACAAGUUGUCAGCUCUGAUUGUCCUUGACGUCAGUCCCGGCAAAAGUCCUGGAGUUGAAGAGUUGAGGAAGUUUGCGGAAACCAUGAGACAGGUCAAGAUUCCGUUGGGGACAUCUUUACCCCAGGCAAGGCAGUUAGCAGAUGCCCAUUUGUCUCCAGUGGUGACGAAUGAAGGUAUUCGUCGGUUCUUAUUAACAAACCUGCGGCAGUUUGAAGGAGGAGAAAUCCGUUGGAGAAACAACCUUGAUGCCUUUCUAGAAAACUACAGUGAAAUAGAGAACUUCCCUGUGCUGGUGGCCAAACCGUUUCUGAAACCGACACUGUUCAUUUUUGGGGAGAAUUCAGCACACUACAGAGAGCUGGACGAAAGCAAGAUCAGGGUCUUUUUUCCCGAGGCUGAGAUUUCUGUGCUGAAGGACGCGGGACACUUUGUACAUGCUGAGAAACCCCUAGAACUGGUGAAGAUUGUGAAACAGUUUCUACAGGCAGUCAAUGGAGGUUCCAGUUGA